AUGUCCACUGACUUGCCUUUCAAGAUCCAUACUUUUGACCCCAAGGACGCCUCCAAGAAGAUCGAUGGCGCUGCUAUCAUUGUACUCCAAGAAUGGUGGGGUGUUAAUGAUACGAUCCUAAAUCACGCCCAACGUAUUGCCAACAACACUGGUGCUCGUACCGUUGUUCCUGACUUGUACAAGGGAAAGAUUGGUUUGACAGCCGAGGAAGCAAGCCAUUUGAUGUCGAACCUUGACUGGAAGGUUGCCAUGAACGAGCUUGAAACGCUUGCCAACCAUUUGAAAUCAGAAGGUUACACCAAACUUGGUGCUAUUGGAUUCUGCAUGGGCGGUGGUCUUUCUUUGGCUUUGGCUACACAACUCGACAACCCACCUCUUAAGGCCGCUGUGUCAUGCUAUGGUACUCCUCCCGCUGACUUUGACGUAUCCAAGAUCACAAGCGCUACCGCUGUUCAAGGCCAUUUUGGUGGCAAGGACGCUAUGGCUGGUUUCAGUGAUCCUGCUGCAGCUGAUGCACUUGAAAACAACCUCAAGGGUGCCUCUGAUGUGAUCAUUUACCGUUAUCCUGAUCAAGGCCAUGCUUUCCUCAAUGACGAUGAUUGGAGUAUUGAAAAGCGCAAGGAAUUGGGCUUUGUUGAUAAGGACAUUGAACCUCGCUCGGCCGAACAAGCUGUUCGUGAUGAAGCCUGGAGUAGAAUCUAUGCCUAUUUCAUCAAGCAUCUUGCUGCCUCAAAUCCUCAUUUGUAG